CUAGCGACGGCCAUUUGUAGUGAGGGAGCCUCUCCGCCCCACAUCUCACUGCUGCGGAGCGUCUUCAUAGCAGCGCCUAUGGACUGAGACGGGCGCAAUCUCUCGAAGGCCUGAUCGUGCAGUAUAAAGGUGUGCGUUCAUCGGUUGUUGAAGACAGCGGCGAGUGCGGCAGCGUGUCCCCGAUGGCAGGGUGGAAAGACGGAUCGGUGCAGGAGAAGUAUCGGCUGGUCGUGGUGGGAGGCGGCGGCGUCGGAAAGUCCGCUUUAACUAUCCAAUUCAUCCAGUCCUACUUCGUCACUGAUUACGACCCCACGAUCGAAGACUCCUACACCAAGCAGUGUGUGAUUGACGAGAGAGCGGCCCGCCUGGACAUCCUGGACACGGCGGGGCAGGAAGAGUUCGGAGCCAUGAGAGAGCAGUACAUGCGGACGGGAGAGGGCUUCCUGCUGGUGUUCUCCGUCACAGACAGGGGAAGCUUUGAGGAAAUUUAUAAAUUCCAGAGGCAGAUCCUCAGAGUAAAAGACCGCGACGAGUUUCCCAUGAUCCUCGUGGGCAACAAGGCCGACCUGGAGCUGCAGAGGCAGGUGACUCAGGAGGAAGGUCAGCAACUGGCCAGGCAGCUCAAAGUCACGUAUAUGGAGGCCUCUGCUAAGAUCCGAAUGAACGUGGACCAAGCUUUUCAUGAGCUGGUUAGAGUAAUAAGGAAGUUCCAGGAACAGGAAUGCCCGCCUUCGCCAGAACCUACCCGCAAAGAAAAGGACAACAGCGGCUGCCACUGCGUGAUUGUCUGACUGGGCACAUGCUCUACCCCGCCCACAUCCCCUGC